AUGUGGGCAAACAACACAGCCAGGCGGCCUCGAAACCCGCUGGUACUGAGAACACCAGACGAACUGGAAGAAGACGUUCGCAAAUUCUAUGACCGGAACCACCUGCAAGACGUGAUCGACGUGGAAUUGCUCAUCAAAGGGGCACGCAUAGCACAGGAGCCGGAUAACCUAUACACCCUCCAAUUAACAACGGCAGAGUUCAAGGCGAUCAAAGAUGAAAAAGAGUCAGGGUUUUGGCAGCAAAGUAAAGACCUCAAGGUGACCAUUCUAACUACAGCAUGUGCGGCAAUCACCCAAGGCUGGCAGCAGUCGACGAUCAAUGCGAGUUCAGGAGGUUGGAAGCAUGAUUUGCACCCCCAGGGUGAAGACUGGACGCACCACCAUCUAUUAUUGGGGGGCUUUAUUGAUGCUGCGCCUUGGUUAUCGGGUAGUAUGAUUGGAACAUGGCUAAGUGAUCCUCUCCAAGAGGGUAAUUAUGGGAGGCGGCCAGCACUGUUCAUCUCGGCCGUGUUUUGUGCUGCUUGUGCACUCGGUACCGCUCGCUGUAUGACAUGGCAGCAGCUUCUUGCUUGCCGAGUGAUACUAGGUAUUGGGAUCGGUGCAAAGGCGUCAAUCGCCCCAGUCUUUGCCGCAGAGGCGGCGGUUGACCAUUUACGAGGACGGUUAUUGAUGAUGUGGCAAUUGUUCGAUACUUUUGGUGUAUUUGUUGGCUUCGCAUGCGACUGGAUUGUGGAUCGGCAAUGGCGAGUGCUCUUGGGGACAUCGUCCAUUCCUGCUCUUAUCCUCCUGUUCCUGGUCUUUCUGUGCCCCGAAUCCCCUCGGUUUCUUAUUCGUAAAGGAGAUUAUACCGGUGCAUUCGUGAGCCUCCGGCAGCUACGAGGCACUGACAUCCAGGCAGCGAGGGACCUUUAUUACAUCCAUAGUCAACUACAAGUCGAAACGGAAAUGUUUGAGGGAGAAAGACCGCAGAACUGGUAUAGUAAAGAGAUAUACCAGGAGAAGGUGCGAGAAACCAAUUUUCUGUGGCGGCUUGGGAAGCUUUUCAGCCAUCCACGCAACCAAAGAGCAUGUUUGGCUGCUUUCUUGGUCAUGGCGUCACAACAACUAUGUGGUGUGAGUCGCUCCUCUCUUGCUGUGCUUAUUGAAAGGUUAGGAUUCGGCCUGGCGAACUUCCUCUUCACCAUUCCUGCGUAUCGAUACAUUGAUUGGCGUGGGCGUCGGCUUCUUCUGCUCAUCUCGCUAGCGGGAAUGUUCCUCAGUCUACUUGCCAUUGGAUUUUUCUUCCGAAUCGGUAACGACGAGGCCAGACUGGCUCUAGUAUCGACUUUUGCCAUCGGCUUCUUCACGUUCUUUUAUGGGAUCGGUGCGGGACCAGUGCCGUUCACCUUCAGCGCCGAAGUCUUCCCACUUGCGUUUCGUGAGGUUGGCAUGAGCUUCAGCGUUAUGGUCAAUUUCCUGGGUCUCGGGCUUCUGGUACUCUUUGUACCCGAAUUGACCGAUGCGCUAGGACAAUUUGGAGAAUCUAAAUUGUGUUUUAUAUUCACGUAGGAUUUCCCUAUUCUCCCAAUCGUAUAUUCCAUGAGAUUCUAACCGUGCAUCAGGGGACUCAAUGCGCUGGCGUUUUUUCUCGUCUUUCUGUUCGUAAGUACUCUGCCAUCUCCAGACCACCUAGCAACAGCUAACUCUCAGCGUAGGUUCCCAGUGGGACUGCAAAAGUGGGCCUGGAAGAAAUGAACCAAAUAUGUACGCUUUUCACCUUUACAGCUCUGUCCUACCUCGAUACAUGCUGACUGAGGCCACAGUUAACACAAAAAUGUCCGUUCACGUCAAGGAGCAUGUCGUUAGCCUUGGGAAUCUGUGUGGCC